AUGGCCUCAUAUGUGGCACUCGUGAUCGGCUCAACUGGCGCUGUGGGCCGCGAUCUUGUCGCAGAUCUCGUAGCUUCUGCUAAGUGCGCAAAAGUUAUUGCAUUGGCGCGUCAUGACGUGCCAUUUUUGGAGUGGAAAUCGACAUUUCCGUCUCUGGACGCCGAGGCGGCAAAAAGCAAGUUGGAGGUGCGCAAGGUCGACUUUGACAACCUUUCAGAAUCAGAUAUUGGUAUUGCAGACAAAAUUGGUGCUGCCUUUUCAUGCCUGGGUACUACCCGCAAAAAUGCAGGCUCGGCAGAGGCGUUUCGAAAAGUUGAUUUGGACUACGUGGUCAAGUUUGCUGAGUUAUGCAAAGCCGCAAAUGUCCCGUAUUUCGGGCUUGUAACCUCGCAAGGUGCUAACAAGGACAGUUGGUUCCUGUAUCCUCAAACAAAAGGAGAAGUGGAGGACAAGGUGCUACAAAUGAAAUUCCAACGCACUUCCAUCUUUCGUCCGGGAAUGUUGCAACGUGGAGAUUUGAUACGCGGGACAGAAAAAUGGUUUGGCUGGUUAGUUCCAGGGGCUCACCAGAUUAAGGUGAAAGCUGUGGCGAAGGGCAUGGUAUUUGAUUACGAAAGCGACUUGGAAGGGAUCAAGGAGUGGAGUCAUGCAGAUCUGAAAAAAUUUGAGUGA